GCCAGGUACAAGCAGAGCCUGGAUCCCACGGUGGAUGAAGUGAAGAAGCUGUGCACGUCCCUGCGCCGCAACGCCAAGGAGGAGAGGGUCCUGUUCCACUACAAUGGGCACGGGGUGCCCAGGCCCACAGUCAAUGGGGAGAUCUGGGUCUUCAAUAAGAACUACACCCAGUAUAUUCCUCUGUCCAUCUAUGACCUGCAGACUUGGAUGGGCAGUCCUUCCAUCUUCGUCUACGACUGCUCCAACGCCGGCCUCAUCGUCAAGUCUUUCAAACAGUUUGCACUACAGAGGGAGCAAGAGCUGGAGGUAGCUGCGAUUAACCCCAACCACCCGCUUGCUCAGAUGCCUUUGCCACCCUCCAUGAAGAACUGCAUCCAGCUGGCAGCCUGUGAGGCCAACGAGCUGCUGCCCAUGAUCCCUGACCUGCCAGCCGACCUCUUCACCUCAUGCCUUACUACACCCAUCAAAAUUGCCCUGAGGUGGUUCUGUAUGCAGAAGAGUGUCAGACUGGUGCCAGGAGUCACACUGGAUUUAAUAGAAAAGAUUCCUGGAAGGCUGAAUGACAGGAGGACUCCCCUGGGAGAGCUGAACUGGAUCUUCACCGCUAUCACAGACACCAUCGCCUGGAACGUCUUGCCGAGAGAUCUUUUCCAGAAGCUUUUCAGGCAAGACCUGCUCGUGGCCAGUUUAUUCCGUAACUUUCUCUUGGCAGAGAGGAUCAUGAGAUCCUACAACUGCACCCCCGUGAGCAGCCCUCGUCUACCUCCCACCUACAUGCACGCCAUGUGGCAAGCGUGGGACCUUGCAGUGGAUAUUUGCCUUUCCCAGUUACCUACAAUUAUAGAGGAAGGAACGGCCUUCAGGCACAGCCCCUUCUUCGCGGAGCAGCUGACGGCGUUCCAGGUGUGGCUGACCAUGGGCGUGGAGAACCGCAACCCCCCCGAGCAGCUCCCCAUCGUCCUGCAGGUGCUGCUGAGCCAGGUCCAUCGCCUGCGAGCCCUCGAUCUCCUGGGAAGAUUUUUGGAUCUGGGUCCCUGGGCCGUGAGCUUGGCCCUGUCUGUUGGCAUCUUCCCCUACGUGCUGAAGCUACUUCAGAGUUCAGCUCGUGAGCUGAGACCACUCCUCGUCUUCAUCUGGGCCAAAAUUCUGGCAGUGGACAGUUUGUGCCAAGCUGACCUGGUGAAGGACAACGGUCACAAGUAUUUCCUCUCAGUUCUGGCAGAUCCCUACAUGCCAGCUGAACACAGGACAAUGACAGCUUUUAUCCUGGCUGUGAUUGUUAACAACUACAACACUGGGCAGGAAGCUUGCCUUCAAGGAAACCUGAUUGCUAUUUGCCUGGAGCAGCUGAAUGAUCCACAUCCUCUCCUGCGUCAGUGGGUGGCCAUUUGUUUAGGACGCAUUUGGCAGAACUUUGACUCAGCCAGGUGGUGUGGGGUGAGAGACAGUGCUCAUGAAAAGCUCUACAGCCUCCUCUCGGAUCCAAUCCCAGAGGUCCGCUGCGCUGCAGUCUUCGCACUGGGAACCUUUGUGGGCAACUCUGCUGAGAGGACUGACCACUCCACCACCAUCGACCACAACGUGGCCAUGAUGCUGGCCCAGCUCAUCAACGACGGGAGCCCCAUGGUCAGAAAGGAGCUGGUGGUGGCUCUGAGUCACCUGGUGGUUCAGUACGAGAGCAAUUUCUGCACUGUUGCCUUGCAGUUCAUGGAAGAAGAGAAGAAUUACCCCCUCCCUUCUCCAGCUACCACAGAGGGUGGGAGCCUGACACCGGUGCGCGACGGUCCCUGCACGCCCCGGCUGCGCUCCGUCAGCUCCUACGGGAACAUCCGAGCAGUCACCACAGCUAGGAACCUGAACAAGUCCCUGCAGAACCUCAGCCUGAACGAAGAAUCUGGCAGCUCUGUUGCAUUUUCUCCUGGGAACCUCAGCACCAGCAGCAGUGCCAGCAGCACCUUGGGCAGCCCUGAGAAUGAGGAGUAUAUCCUGUCGUUUGAGACUAUUGACAAGAUGAGACGAGUCAGCUCUUACUCUUCCCUGAAUUCACUGAUAGGUGUGAGUUUCAACAGUGUUUACACCCAGAUUUGGAGAAUACUCCUUCACUUAGCUGCUGACCCCUAUCCCGAUGUCUCCGACUUGGCUAUGAAAGUUCUCAACAGCAUUGCCUACAAGGCAACAGUCAACGCUCGCCCCCAGCGCAUCCUGGACACCUCCUCGCUGACCCAGUCUGCCCCGGCCAGCCCCACCAACAAGGGCAUGCACAUCCACCAAGUGGGAGGGUCACCUCCAACCACGAGCACGAGCAGCUCCAGCCUGACGAACGAGGUGCCGAAGCAGCCGGUGCCGCGGGACAUGGCCUCGGUGCGACCCGCCAACGUGGGCAGCGUGGGGGUCCAGUACACCCCCCACUCCCACCAGUUCCCCCGCACCAGGAAGAUGUUUGACAAGGGGCCAGAGCAGACCGCUGAUGAUGCCGAUGAUGCCGCAGGACACAAGAGCUUCAUCUCGGCCGCGGUGCAGACGGGCUUCUGCGACUGGAGCGCCAAGUACUUCGCUCAGCCCGUCAUGAAGAUUCCAGAAGAGCAUGACCUGGAGAGCCAGAUUCGCAAGGAGAGGGAGUGGCGGUUCCUGCGCAACGCUCGUGUCAGGAAGCAAGCCCAGAAGAUCAUCCAGAAGGGCAUUUCCCGGCUGGAUGAUCAGAUCUUCCUCAACAGGAACCCGGGCGUCCCCUCCGUGGUGAAGUUCCACCCCUUCACACCCUGCAUCGCCGUGGCCGACAAGGACAGCAUCUGUUUCUGGGACUGGGAGAAAGGGGAGAAGCUGGACUACUUCCACAACGGGAACCCUCGUUACACCAGGAUCACAGCCAUGGAGUACCUGAAUGGCCAGGACUGCUCCUUGCUGCUGACUGCCACAGAUGAUGGUGCCAUCAGAGUGUGGAAGAACUUUGCAGACCUGGAGAAGAACCCAGAGAUGGUAACGGCCUGGCAGGGGCUGUCAGACAUGCUGCCAACCACACGAGGUCUGGCCCGAAGGGUUUCAAUCUAUCUUGACAGAAGUAAGCAGGGAGGAGCAGGAAUGGUAGUCGACUGGGAACAAGAAACUGGGCUCCUGAUGACGUCGGGGGAUGUGAGGAUAAUCCGGAUCUGGGACACAGACAGGGAAAUGAAAGUCCAGGACAUCCCCACGGGGGCAGACAGCUGCGUGACCAGCCUCUCCUGCGACUCCCACCGCUCGCUGAUCGUGGCGGGGCUGGGCGACGGCUCCGUCCGGCUCUUCGACAGGAGGAUGGCCCUGAGUGAAUGCCGUGUCAUGACCUACCGGGAGCACACAGCCUGGGUGGUGAAAGCCUACCUGCAGAAGCAUCCCGAGGGCAACAUCAUGAGCGUCAG